UUAGAUGAGAGACGGACAUGCUGGACAGGUACAUGAGAUCGCAGUUGAAGUGUUUAGAAGGAUCGAAGAUACAACACUGGACCGAUCACAAAAUUGCUACAAAGUUUGUUUAUGUAGAACGGUUGUUUUUAUGUACCAGCAAUUGCUACAGGCUUCUACAAGAUCACCGCAAAAAAGAAACUUGAGUUACAAAUGAGGUUUCCCGUCAAAGCUAUAUUAUACUACGGGAUUUGAAGGUCCCUACCUAGGUUGGACCAGAAUACCGUAUGUACUCAUAUCAUGUAAAUUUAAACGCAGAAUAUGUAUAAUUUCACUUUUUCCUGGCCAGUGGCUUAAUGGGGGAGGCGGCAUUGGGGAUACAGGCCCCUUUCUGCUUGAGGCCUGUGCCCCUCCUUCCUCCUCGUUCCUCCCAACUCAGAAAAUAGAGUAGGAAAAAUCUGGUGCUAGUCCACCUUGGUCAGUGCUUUGAACUGUGACCGAACCCAUUGUGUGCCCCCUGCCACAAAAUGAGGGCCCUCAAGUUCCCCCAUUGCAAUAUUUACCCCAGUAUUACCACUGUUCCUGGCCUAAACUUUUUUCACCGUCAUCAAGGCAGCAAUAUUAUCCAAUUUGAAGCUCUUGCAAUUCCACCAUACGCCAACUUCUAGCUGUUCCUUUUUGUCUCUGCCUGAACAUUCACUAUUUUGCUUUACAGGGGAGUAGACCAGGCAGCCAUUUUUACAUUUGUUGUGAUAAUAAUCUCUUCAUACGGUGUACAUGUUUCUAGCUUUGGCUUUGUACCCAGCCACAAUCCUGGCCAAAGUCCUUGGGGUAUUCCACCCCAGGUUCCCUUCUCAAUAUUGGCUCUCAAUCAAUGCACGGUCUGUCCUCCAGCUCAAGAUGACAACAUUGACCAGGAGAGUGGGAAGGGUAUGGUUUGUUGACACUGAGUUUUGCUUUUUGUUUUGUGAGGUUUAAAAUGGUGGGUGUUCAGUUCCAAAUUUGGGGUGAUGUAGCUGGUCUGGAAUGUUCAUGUGGAAUAAGUGAUAUAAAUUGAAAGCGGAAUGUUACUGGGACACAAACUGAAUAGUAUUGAAAGGCUGGUUUGAAUAAUCAUGUUGUUAGAUAGUACAGUAUCGUCAGUGUUCACUUUAAGUGCCCAAUCAAGUCUAAAUUGUACCAGAGUUUGCGUCUGUUUGCGUGGUGACAUUUUGAUGAUUUUAACAUUUAUUUAUUUGGUCUGAUUUAUUACUCAAUUUUGGCAGCAAAUGUUUGCACUCAACCAGAUUUUGACACAUCUUUCACCAGAAAAACAAUAGUAAGCAAGUAAGAAACCUCAAGCCCACUACUAAACCUACUCUGGUCAUACCAAGGUGUCUACUAAGCAAUUCAAGAAAUCUACUCUUCACUCCUAUCCAGAAUUUUAACAUAGUCCAUCUCGUAUGUGUCAAGCUCUGCAAAUGUAUGUGUGAAUUGCCAUAUUCAUUCUCCUUUCACUCUCAUGUUUUCUGCUUGUAUUUUUGUGUGUCAGUGCAGCAAGGUCGUAACUCCCACUUGUUUUGUACAGGAGAUAUGACCUUGUUGCUCUAACUUGAUGAUUUGUUCCUUAGCAUUUUUGGCAACAUUGUGGUAUAUAGUCCUAUUUCAGUUCUGACAUUUUUACAUCUUUGUCUAUUUUAUUGUUCAUUCUUCGAGUAUCGCUUGUAGGUUUUAAAUUAUGAUCUUGAUGUAUCAUUUGUAUGUUUGAUGUUUUUCACUCAAUCUGCCUGUUGUAAAUUUGAAUCUUUUCAGCCUCCUAUUUCUAUUUCAAAUGAAAAAAACCAUAAUACUAAUUAGCACAUACAACCAAGGAGGAACACAGAGCAACAAUUUAAUCAGGCUCGUCAUGUGAUUUGAGAUGAUGUCAUCAUGACAUCAAUGUUCAGUGUUUAUCUUUAGCCUAAGGUAAUAACUUAUUUGAAGUCUGCUUAAGAUCGAAGAUUUAAAAGUAGCCAAAGUGCCAUUGACAAAAACCAUGAACAAAGUCUGUUAGAUUUUAUUUUUUUGGGGGGAGGGGAAAAAGAAAAAGUCUUGACAUAAACAAAAGCUUCUCCACAUUUUUGGAAAACCAAACUGGCAGCAUGACUUUGGGCCUUUUUGUUUCACAUGGAUCCAAAAUUUAAAGAGUAGUCAUUCAUUGGUUCAUUAACAAUAGAAUCUGCCAAACGGAUGGAGGGAUCCAGCGAUCACUGAUUGAGAUCUACAUUCAUGUGAAACAGACAGGCCUUGAGUGUUAAUUUUUAACCUAUGUGCCUACAUUCUCUCACAAGACGAUUUGUGAGUUAAACAUGAAUAAACAGACUGUGCUGGGUAUUUGCAGGGGUAAACAAGCUUUUGAUUUAUUUUAAAUUGGUUCUCAUCUUUGAUCAGACAGUGAGUGUUUGCUCUGGUUAUUUUUAACUUUCUGGGAAUUCCAUGUCUGAAAACUUGUUUGUGACGCCUGUCUAGUUUCACCAUUGCUGAUGUUGAUUCCUGCGGCACAUACAAGGUAAGCAUUCAAGUUGAACUUUAAGCAUAGAAGCAAUAUUGCUUCCAAGGGUACAGAAUUCGUUUGCGUGUUGAAGGAAGAAAUAGAGAUAAGUUUAGGGUUACAAUAUUUCUGUGUCUCCUCUUUCAAUUGAAAAGGAUCCAAAAGAACCCUUGGAGGCCUGCAAGGUAUAGUGUGCUCACAUGCUGAUUUCCAUAGCUCUUUUCAGAAACUGACUGAAAGGAUUUAUCACAUGGUACUGAUGUAGUCAUAAACUGACUUGUGCAACAGACCAUUCUUGACCCCCCCUUAAAAGUCAUGAAUAUCAAACAGUUUAAUGGCAGGUGCUACAAAUACUGUGGAAUAUUAUUACUGUGUUUAUAUUUAUUGAUUCUUACAAUUUUCUUCCUAACUUCUGCAGGGUCCGACGAACACAGAUCCUGAUCUUGGUCUUGUAAGUAAACCACAGUCUACACCUGAUUAUGGAACGAGGACGUGUUCAUCCUGUUGAUCUUUCUGUGGAAGCCCCACUCCCUGCUUAUGAUGGGGGCCCUGGAGGUGCACCACCCUCCUACCAAUCAAUCGUUGAGAAGAUACAUGAGGCUAACGAGACCUCCUCCACACCAGUGCACUUUCUUUACCGUGUCACCAAGAUCUUACUUAACACAGCCGCUGUCACAGCUGUUUUAUUCCUGUUGCUGGCUGUCCCAGUUGCAAUGAUUGUGAUGGGUGCCCUUUACAAAGAUGACUGUCCUGUGGAACCCAACAUCCCCAUCUACUUGAUUGUGACUGCAUCUUUCUCGAUCCUGAAGUGUCUCGUUGAUAUGAUUUUAAGAUGUAUAAAGUUGCACCAAGAGGGUGAUAGUAAUGAACAGAAAUCCACCACAGAGAAGAUUUUCAGUUUUGUCAUACUGUGCUUCCUGUCUGUAUUUUUUAUUGUCGGUAAUGUGUGGGUGUACAGCAACUAUCCACCGAGCGACAUCGUGAGUGAUCCCAAUUAUUGCUACGGUCCCUUGUACUACUUUGCCUUUUGGUUCAUGACAAGUUGCUACAUAUUGCUUGGUGUAUUUUUCUGCCUUGAGUGUUGUCUCAUUUGUGUUGCUGUGUGUAAAGACCCGUAGAGAACCAAUCAGAAUCAUUAUUUAAACUGUGAUUUGAUCUAGAGUCACUUGGUAAUUUGUAAUAUCCACAUCAGUUUGCCACCCUCAGUAUCAUGUUGUGAUGGACAGCACCUGUUCUGGUUUUCUUCCUAUACAUUUAUUUGGUAACAACAGAAAAGUUUAUUUGCCAUGAUUUCUCUGAUAACCAACUCCAAAAGGCUAAGCUUCACGUUUGUUUUCAUUGUGGAUUUUCUAAAAGGUCUUUGUGGAUUAUGUGAUUUUAUGGUAAACGUUUGUAUACAUGAGUGCUGACUUUGGUGUCUUGAAUGACCUACUCCCACGGGGGACCAGUGAGUACUGUAAAAUUAUGUAGAAUUACAGACAACAUCUAUUGAAUCCACAGUCAUGACGGUGCAAAAAGUGCAUUUUUCCCUGUGGCUGACCCUCUAGGGGCUCAUGAAGGAAGUUCUUUAAGUAUACCCUCUCACUGGUUGUUUUCAAGACAUGGAUGUUGUCCAUUCAUAGUGAUUAUCAUUGAUGAGGCCCAUGGAGACCCUAUGUAGCUAGUACAUGUACCAUACAAGGGUGGGCUGUGCCCCUAACCCCCCUAUUAAUCAGAGUAAAGAUUUAAUUUUCUUAGAUGGAGGUGGUUUUGUAUGGACAGAAUGAUUUUUUCAGGGCAUUUUUCUAAGCAGCUGCUUCAGUUCAUGCAAAGUGCGCCUGGGAUGCUGCUUGUUUUGCCCCCCCCCCAAAAAAAAUUGGGUCUGUGUCAAGCCUUGGUAGCAUUUGUUAUAGUUUGUAUAUUUAUGAGAGAAAUGCUUUCUAAAGUAACCAUCUGAAAAAUUACAGAUUUUAUUCAAGUCAAAGUUUCUUGAAUUGUUUUUCCCUAACAAAUCUGCUUCUGCUUUCAUUUGUAUGUCUAUGGUACUCAGCUGUACUUGUCAUUCAAACUCAAUGGUGAUAUCGAUCAACCUAAAGCAAUUUUAGUCAUUUAAGAAAGGACUUGGAUAUUUCUUGCCAGACUUAAUAUCAUAAAUGAUUACAGAUUGAAUUUAGUAUUCUUGGUCAUUACUCAUAUUGUUGUGGAUUAUUCUAACAUUGCUAUUGUUCUGUGUCAUGUUAGAUUUCUUGGCUUGUGAUUUGAUUCGAAAAUGUCCAUGGUCAACUCACAAUAAUAAGUCUGAUUUUGCCCUUUGGUAGCUUCAAAAUGUAAAGUUGAGGUAAUUGCAAAUGUGUUAAGAAAAUGAAAUUAAACAUUUAAAAGAUGGUUGGGAAA